UAAAAGGUUUAUUGUUCCAUCUUGCUGGCAACAUUCUAUUGGGCUAGAACUGUUUUUCAUUAUUAUUGUUUCUAUAACUUUAUAGAGGAAAGAAGACCUCAUUGAGUUAAAAAUUAAUAAGGUUCAAAGAGUUUUGCAACAAUUGGGAGUACAGGAUGAAUUUUUUCAUGGGAAUAACAGCUUUACUUUUUCUGUUUAUGGAAGUUUUUAUGAUUUCUUGUGAAAGUGCAAGGCCUAGUGGAAUGAAACAAGGCAUUUACUGUGAAUGUUGUAGUGCUACUGUGAAAGAAAUAUCUAAUAUGCUAGCAAAGAAAUCAUCAGAUCCAUGGGAUGUUAGAGUAAUUGAAGCAAUGGAAAGUGUUUGUAAAGCAAGUUCAUUCAGAUCAUAUACGUAUUCUCCUCCUACUACUGUUAAGGCAUGCAAUUAUCUUAUGGAAAAUUACGACGAAGAUAUCGAGCAAAUGUUCUCACGGAAGGAAUCUGAUCCUGAGAAGAAGAUAUGCUAUGAACUMACCAAGGCUUGUGAAGGCGUCGAUCGAUCAAAGAAAGAAAAAGAGGACAUGAAUGUCAAUGUUAACGGUCAACCUCAACAACCUGACGAUGGUAUUAACCGCCUUAACGUGGACAUCAACGAUCCUAACUCAGCAUCAAGACUUGCAGAGCAAAUCAAGCAACAAAUGGCCUCGCAACCGCAAACUGGAGGCUCAGAGGAUGACGAUGAUGAACCAGAGGAAGGAGAAGCAGACGAUGGAGAAGAUCUCUUGAAAGGAUAUGAUGAAAAUGGCAAUGAAAUAAAGGAAGAAGAUUUGCCUGAUGAUAAUGACAAGAAGGACUCGCCUGAUGGCGACAAGAAAGAGGACACUAAGAAAGAAAAGACAGAACUCUAAACUUCUGUCGUAGGUUAUAAAAGUUUAUAGGACAUUUCUAAUAUUAGAUAAUAUAUUAUCAACCACAGUAGACGCAGGCCACUUAUAUAUAGGUAGUUUUUUUCAUUUAAGAUUACUUUACAACUUCUGAAUGUCACUUGGCCAGUUACUGAUAACCUUUUUGGUCGGUAUUUUGGGUGAGUGGUGGUGCACUUUAGUACACGUACAUCUAUGCUGUAUUUUAUACACAAAUCACGUAGAUAAACCGAAAUUCAAUGAUUUUUUAAUCAGAAAUCCUAACAAAAACAGAUCGUUCUUACUAAAGAUAAUUCAAAUGAUUAAUAUAUAUUUUACAUUUAUUAUGCACUCCUCAAAUGAUAUUAAAAGAUAUUCAAAAUAUUAUUGUAUUAUUGUGAUCUAUUUAUUUGACUAGCUCAUUGUCAUUGCUCAACUGUAAAAUAUUUUUAAGUUCUUCUAACAUCUAACCUGCCUAGACUAGCCGUUUUGCUAUAUGCAGGUUAUAUGUGUUUUUUGUCAAAUAUUACACCGAAGUUAUAAUAAAAUCUGAAGGUCAAUUAUG